CACCCUGCCAGUGCAAGACCACCAUCCGUCAAGAUCUGCCCGUCAGCACUCCUUAACCAGCCUAAAAACCUUGCGCUCUUCUCAACCGAUCUAUCGUAGUCGCCCUUCCGCUCGUUCGUUGUCCAUCAGCCUCCUCGCUAGUCAUACUCCUUGUCUCCGAUACGAGGUUUCCACUGGGCCGUGGUUUUAGCUCCAUCCUUACGCAAGCUAUUAACAAAGUUAUUAUCACUGAUUCUACGGAAUCAUCAGCCGCCUAUCCCAGCGGACCAGGAUUGAUCUCGUCCCAGCAGAAGCAGGUGCGGAUAAACCUCGUUAGCCACGCGCCGUCAUAGGGGUAUGAUUCAUGCAUCUUAGACCUCCAUGCUAGCUGCAAAGGAUCCAAACCUGCGGUCGUGAUUCUAGAAGGGAAAAAAAGUACGUCGUAGGUCUGCCAUUUCUAUUCUCGUGACCAGCUCGUUUUGUGUUUUCAUAUCGUCAAAGAUGAUCACCAUCUGCCGUAACUAGCACCCUUGCCAUAUAAACGUCCCGGCGCUCUGCUCCUCUUUCUCCUUUUGUCAUUUCUUUUACCUAUCAUCGCAGCCCUUUUUUGCAUUGAUCGAGGAAUAAUGGCAGCUGAGAUUGGUAAAGCGAGACCUGAAAAGAGCGCUGCAUUCUCUAGCACUGCUAGCAGUCAUGAAGUGAAGGCACAAAAAUCAGCUGUGCCGACUGCAACAACAAUGGCAACCAUUGAAGACGAUGACGAGCGAUUGCUCGCACGAAUAGGCUACAAGCAGGAGCUGAAAAGAGAAUUCACAAAGUGGUCCACCGUAUCAUACGCAAUAUCGAUUCUAGGUGUGCUCGGUUCAGUUCCUGCAACGUUUGGGUCUCCCAUUUCUUCUGGAGGCCCCGCAACCGCCGUUUGGGCAUGGUUCAUCGGCUCGGUAAUGGCAAUGUGUAUUGCCAGCUCAGUGGCUGAGCUCGUAUCCGCGUAUCCUACUGCUGGUGGUAUGUAUUUUGUUACCAAGCACGUUGUACCAAAGGACCAUGUCGCAAUAUGGGCGUGGAUCAUUGGAUGGUGUAAUUUUCUUGGUCAAGCCGGAGGUGUGGCAAGUCUCGCGUACACAAUUGCGCAAAUGAUCUUCGCAGCGGUCGUCAUGAACUCCCCAGUUAUCAACGGAGCAUACACAUUCUCUCCCGAGCCGUGGCAGACAGUGCUUCUGGCUAUUUUGGUUCUGUGUUUGUUUGGCACAAUCUGCUCGCUUACCACGAAAAACCUGCAUCGCAUCGUUCUCUGGUUUGCGCCAAUUAACAUCAUCGCCUCUGUAGCAAUAUGUAUUGCACUUCUGAUCCUUACACCAAACAAGCAGAGUGCCAAGUGGGUGUUUACCGAAGUUACCGAUGGUUCUGGGUGGGGAAGCAAAGGAUUUUCGUUCUUGCUCGGAUUUCUUUCUGUAGCAUGGACAAUGACAGACUACGACGGCACUACCCACAUGUCUGAGGAGACCCACGAUGCUGCCAUACGUGGUCCAACGGCUAUCCGUGCCGCUAUAUUAGUAUCCGGUGUCGUGGGCUGGAUGCUAACUGUAACAUUCUCUUUCUGCUUGACUGACAUGGAUGCCAUCAUGGCCUCCCCUACUGGGUUGCCAGUGGCCCAAAUAUUCCUCAACGCCGGCGGUCGCGCCGGAGGCACGGUCAUGUGGUUCUUUGUGAUUCUUGUGCAGUUCUUCACUGGCUGCUCUGCUAUGUUGGCCAAUGCUCGUAUGGCCUAUGCUUUCGCCCGCGACGAGGCCCUCCCGUUUUCUGCUUUCUGGAGCAAAGUUAACCACAUAACCCAAACGCCGGUCAACGCCGUCUGGCUGGUAGUGACAUUCUGCAGCUGCCUCAACCUCAUCGGCAUCGGUUCUACGCAAACAAUCGUUGCAAUUUUUAACAUAACCGCACCUGCCCUUGACCUUAGCUACAUCGCCGUCAUAAUUGCGCAUCGUGUUUACGAGCACCGAGUUCCGUUUAUUGAAGGCCCAUAUACCAUGGGAAGAUGGAGCAAGCCCGUUAACGUCAUUGCUGUCGUGUGGGUCUGCUUCAUCAGCGUGGUUCUGUUCUUCCCACCCAUCAAACCAGUCACCGCAACAAAUAUGAAUUAUGCUAUCUGCGUGGCGGGUGCCAUUGCCCUUGUGAGCUUAAGCUGGUGGUUUAUUUCUGCAAGAAAGACGUACAUCGGACCGAGAACCAAGGAGAUCAUCAUCGAAGUUCCUACGGACGACCCGGAAUUUAUGGGCUCGCUGUCGCCUACGCAUUCGCAAAUCCCACAGAGCCCUUGAUCAACUUCAAGAUUCGCUACUUGUUCAAUACGAUUUACUUGGCCUAAGACGACCUUGAACAGCUAGGGCCACAUCUCGUCGAGUUUCAGUCAAAUUUAUGCAAGACAAUAAUCUGCGGUGUAUUUGCUAGAUACAAGACAUUCGGCUGCAUAAAUUGACCACCUUCAUAGACGGCUGUCCAUGAUCGUCUAAGGAGAUUGCAUGCCAGGGGUAGCAAGACCUGCCAGACGGGCCUAUGAGCUAUCACUUUGCUCAAAGAGUGGGGUAUCUCCGAUGAACGAGCGAGUUUUCGGCUUUCAAGUCUUGCCUCUGUGGGAAGAAUUGUUUUUGCGGGCGAUGCAAGGAGCCUCGUGUUCGAACAUACUCAUAAUAGACUUGGCUUUGGUGCAGGAUGGACUCGUCUUUGACUUGGACCUUUGCCAGCUACCAAUGUAUACUUCAACGGAGUAGUAGACUAUAGACUCAGGAAGCACGUACAUUCCGGAAUUACAGCCUGCAUUCCACAGGUUUCUCCGUCUCAAAGUUACCGAUUUUAGUAGCGUGUGAACUGCUUAUUGCUAGCUAGCGCGGGCGGCCCUUGCUUGG